AUGGGUCUUCACCUUCCUAACAACUCACUGUAUGGGUCCAUUCCCUCACACAUUGGAAAUCUUUCCAAGCUCACCGAACUUGACUUGUCCAUGAAUGAUUUCUCCGGAAAUAUUCCAUCUAACAUAGGAAGGUUAUUAAGUUCACUUUCUAUACUCUAUCUCCAUGAAAACGAUCUCACUGGUCCAAUACCUAUUUCUAUUGGUAGCUUGCACAAUUUGUCCCGACUUAUCCUCGUUGACAAUAGGCUCAAUGGUUCCAUACCUGAAGAAGUUGGAAUGAUGAGGUCACUUGUUAUGCUUUAUCUUUCAAUAACUGGUCCUAUCCCAGUAUCUCUGGGAAACCUAAGAAACUUGGUAUGGCUUUAUCUAUAUGGUAAUAACCUCUCUGGUUCUAUCCCCAAUGAAAUAGGACAGCUCGGAUCUCUUACCACAAUGCAGUUGUUACAUAAUAAUCUCACUGGUGUCAUCCCUGCUUCCAUAAGAAACUUAACCAAAUUGUCUACUUUUUACCUUUUUGAAAAUAAGCUUUCCGGGUCAAUACAUCAAGAGAUAGGGAUGCUUGUAUCUCUUACAGAACUUAUUUUAUAUGAUAACAAUUUCUCUGGUUCAAUCCCCGCUUCCAUAGGAAACUUAACCAAAUUGUCUAGUCUUCACCUUCUGGAGAAUAAGCUUUCCGGGUCAAUACCUCAAGAGGUAGACAACCAACUUAGUGGUCCAUUACCUCAGAAUGUAUGCCUCGGUGGACAAAUCGUAUAUCUUGGGGUUAACAACAACAAUUUGACAGCAACAACAAAUUUUAUGGUAAACUUUCGCCAAACUGGGGGGCAAUGCCAUAGUCUAACAAGCCUACGGAUCUCCAAUAAUAACAUUUCUGGAAAGAUACCACCUGAGCUGACGCAUGCAACUCAAAUACACGAACUCGAUGUCUCUUCAAAUCAUCUCAUUGGUGAGAUUCCCAAGGAAUUGGGAGCAUUGACAUUGAUGUACAAACUUUUGCUAAGUGAUAACCAACUUUCUGGCAAAAUUCCACCAGAGAUUGGAGUUCUUUUAAAUCUACAAUAUCUUAACUUGGCAUCAAACAAUUUGAGUGGACAGAUUCCUAAUCAACUUGGAGAGUGCUCAAAGUUAUUGGACCUGAAUUUGAGCAAGAAUAAACUUGGAGAAAGCAUUCCACUUUCAGUAAGCUGCGUAAAUGGCCUUCAAAAUCUAGAUUUAAGCCAGAAUUUACUUAUUGGGGAGAUACCACAACAGCUUGCAAAAUUACAUCCCUUAGAAAUGUUGGACCUUUCUUACAAUGUGCUCAAUGGUUCCAUCCCAAAUUCUUUUAAUGAUUUGAAAAGCUUGACUGUUGUGAAUAUAUCUUACAAUCAAUUAGAAGGCCCUACUCCUAACAUUAAGGCAUUUCAUGAGGCUUCAUUUUAUGCCUUAAGAAACAAUAAGGAACUAUGUGGGUAA